UACGGUUGCAACCUCUGUUCAUGGAAGCUGCUUUAAGAAGUUCCUCUCUCUCUCUCUCUCUCUCUCUAAAUGAACCUCCGUUCUCUGCAUUGUAACCGAUCUCUCCAGGUUUUUGAAGCUUGAGAUCAGGAAUUUGAAGAGUUUUCAAAGAUCUCCAGACCUUUUAGUAACAGAUCUUUGAUUUCGUUUUUAUUUUUCCUUUUUUCGAAAUAUUAGGUUUUUCUGUAGGUGUAGAUUCGGAUAUUCGAAGCGCUUUCGCUUUUGAUUCCGUUCCUGUGAGAGAAGUCAGAAAUUUUCCUACUCUGCUUAGACAUCAGGAGAAAACGGAAGCUUUUUCACUUUGCUAAAGCUCUUGAAAUCGCGAUUUUUGUGAAUGCUUUGAUUUUAGGGCUGAAAUCGUUGUUUUUGUGCGUCCUUUUCUCUCAAAUAAUCUGACCUAGAUCUGAUGCUUUUGUUGCCGAAGAAAAUGAUGGCCGAUCAUAGCAGAUUACAUACGGCGAUCUGGACGGUCAAGCUCGCGUUCUUCUCUAUUGGAAUAAUAUCGACCGUCGUUUUACUUAAGCAUUCCAUCCCUUACUCCCUCGAUCUCUUCAUUUCCACGCUACCGCGGGUUUGGAUCUUUUUCCACAGCUGGCUCUCACCUCCUUAUCUCUACAUCCUCAUGAACGUCAUCAUCAUCACCAUCGCAGCUUCUUCAAAGUUCCAUCAGAAGCUUUCGGAGAAGAAAAACGAAUCAAAAGAAGAGAAAAGCCAACGAAAGCAGAGGAAUUCAGAAGAUUCUUCUCAGCAGAAGACAGCGCAAGUAAUCUGGCCUGACAUCACGGCCUCCGACAAAAAUCCGUCAGAUCCCGACGAGAAGCCGUCGGAAAGCUGGUCUGAUAUUUUCUGCGUGACGGAUUCCGUCGAAAAAUCCGUCAAGCCAUCGUCGGAAAACGUACGGAAAAGCGUCAGACGGUCAGCGUCAUCGAAAUCUCUGGGCGUUUCCAAACCGAAAAAGAACGACACGCUGGAUGCCACGUGGAAGGCGAUCACGGAGGACCGUGGGAAGCCGCUGGCGCGGCAACUCAGGAAGAGCGAAACGUGGGAAGUAGCGCCUCGUGUGGAAGCCGAACCUGAGCCGCCUGCUUUGGUGGCUCAGCGCGAUCUGAGGAAAUCGGAGACGUUCAACGACACGGCGUCGUCGGCUUGGCGAGGCGGGUUGAGGAGAGAAUUAUCGUUGAGUAAGGAGGAGUUGAAUCGGCGAGUCGAGGCGUUUAUAAAGAAAUUCAAUAACGAGAUUCGGUUGCAGAGGCAGGAAUCCUACCAAAAAUUCAUGGAAUUAGUGAACCGAGGUCUCUAAAAAUGCGUAUUAGAGAGAGAUACAAAGAGAUGGUUUUGAUUUCCCUUUAUUUUCCUAAAAACCCGAAUCGCAGGUUAUUAAUUGCUGAAGAUGGGUGUAGGGCCUUGGAGAUUAUGGAAAUGGCACGCAUUUCCAACUGGUGGGCCAUAGUCAUACGGAUGUACCUGAUUGUUUGGUAUUUUUAUUAGGUAUGAUGUGAUUUAGGGUACUGAAAUAGAUAAAAUACUUGCUUGUAUUUGAUUACUUGGAUUGGUUAUAUUUGUAUUUGGGAGUGACGCUUUCUUUGUA